GGUCUUGAGGUGUACAGUCGACAGUCGUGUGGCGCGCGUGCAAAGGCGUUCGAGGAAAGUGAAAUUCCAACAGUGGAUUUCACAGUCUCUGUCACUCUUUCUUGUGGGUCACACAGAGCCACAGCCCGAAAAAAAGGAGAGGGCGCGCAACUUGUGAGAGGGGCCUUCCUCACCUAGUGACCGUGAUUUUCACAAGUUUCACUUCUAACCUCAUUUCCGAUUCACGCGCGUUCCGGCUUCUCUUCACGCGCACUCGACGACAGCUCGUAGAGCUCAGCCUGUUCUUGUUCUAUCUUUCGGCUUUUUUUGUACCCUUUUACCUCGAGUACAAGCAACGUUACGUAAAAGUGCACUUGUCUUUGGAUAAUGAUGUAAAGAGUUCUAUGAUUGACUGUCGUUGAAAUUUUGAUACUUUUGCGACAGCUUUUCUUUUGAACUUUUUUUUUUUUAAUAUUUUGAUUUUUUGAGAAAUUUUGCCGUUUGAAAGUGCAAUCAUGUGGCCUAAAGAUGUUGGAAUUAAAGCUAUGGAAGUCUACUUCCCUGCUCAAUUUGUUGACCAGACUGAACUGGAAAAAUUUGAUGGUGUGUCAGCUGGAAAAUACACAAUUGGUCUGGGACAGUCCAAAAUGGGAUUUUGCAACGAUAGAGAAGACAUCAAUUCAUUGUGCUUGACAGUGGUUCACCGUCUGUUGGACAGAUAUAAAAUUAAUCCACAGGAAAUUGGAAGACUAGAAGUUGGCACAGAAACAAUUUUGGAUAAGAGUAAGUCUGUGAAAUCAUGCCUGAUGCAACUUUUUGAACCCUCUGGGAAUACAGACAUAGAGGGCAUUGAUACAACCAAUGCUUGCUAUGGAGGAACUGCAGCUCUCUUUAAUGCUAUUUCCUGGAUAGAAAGUAGUGCAUGGGAUGGAAGGUUAGCUAUCGUUGUUGCUGCUGAUAAUGCUGUCUAUGCACCUGGUAGUGCAAGACCCACAGGAGGUGCUGGAGCCAUUGCCAUGCUCGUGGGUCCUGAUGCUCCUUUGAUUUUUGACCGUGGCCUUCGUGCUUCUUGUAUGAGACACGUAUAUGACUUUUACAAACCAGAUUUGCGCUCUGAAUACCCUGUUGUUGAUGGAAAGCUCUCUAUUCAGUGCUAUCUCAGCUCUUUGGAUACCUGUUACCAGAGGUAUUGUGAAAAAGCUAAGGCAAAGACAGCCAAUCAUGACAUAACAUUGAGCUAUUUUGAUGCUGUUCUUUUUCAUUCACCAUACUGCAAGCUUGUUCAAAAGUCAUUUGCUAGAUUAGCAUUAGUUGACUAUGUUAAUUCUUCUAAAAGUAAGACUGUUGAAAAUCAUGCUGAUCUACAGAAAUUCAGCAAUAUUGCACUUGAGGACACAUAUUUUGAUAGAGAUGUAGAGAAAGCUUUCAUGACAUCCAGUAAAAAUGACUUUGAAAAGAAAACAAAACCAAGUUUGUUCAUAGCCAAUCAAGUUGGAAAUAUGUACACUCCAUCAGUUUAUUCUGGUCUUGUAUCAUUUUUGAUUGAUAAGCCCAUUGAAGCUCUGGCUGGUAAUAAAGUAGGACUAUUUUCUUAUGGAUCUGGCCUUGCCUCUAGUAUGUACUCAUUAACAAUCAUAAAAGAUAUAGGUGCAGACUCAUCUCUCAGAAGAUUACUCACAAACUUGUCUUAUGUUAAGACUGAGUUGGAAACUAGAAGAGAAGUUCAUCCACAGGAAUACACAACAAUUUUAGCUGCUAGAGAAAAAAAUUGUCACGUCAUACCUUUUGAACCACAAAGCAGUAUUGACAAUAUGUUCCCGGGAACAUAUUACCUUAUUGGAGUAGAUGAAAUGUACAGAAGAACUUAUCAAAGAGUACCGAACUUGAAAUAGUUUUUGUAUUUUUUCUUAAUUGCAACAGGAAAAACGUUUGUGGUUAUUUGAUUUUUCAAAUUUGUAUUGUGACCAAAUUAUGUAUUUGUUUAUAAAUAAUUUAACACUUCAUACAUACCUCAUGCAUACACCUCCUACAUUGGAUACUAGUUAAUUUAAUGCAGAUUUUUUUGAGUGACUAUACAUAAGUCUUAACUUUGAAAUUUUUGUUUUGAAGGAUUCUUUUACUGUCUUUUUACAGAUGUUUCUGUUUAUGUUUUAGUCAAACAUCUGCUUUGUUGGAUGUAUAUUAAUACGUUACUAUUGCAAUUACAUUGUAAGCAUAUUUUCUCCAAGUAUUGAGCCAGUCAAAAGAUACAUGUAUUCACUUUUGUCAAUAUUGUACACCAAAUAAGUCUGUUGAUAUAUAGACCAACUUUAUAUUUGUAUAUUUGUAAAUCUACUAAUAAGGAAAUUGAACAUUUCUAAUGUGCCUUUCAAUCAAUAACGUUUAUAGACUAAAAAACAUGAAUUAGUAAAGGUCAAGAUGGUAACUGUUACCAUUGUAAAUAAUUUAUAUUGCUGAGAAUUUUUCAAUAAUUAGGCUUAUAAAAACAUACAUUUUGCAAAUAUCAUUUGUUACAUCAUUAUUUUUUGAUUAUUUAACCCUUAUACAUGGAUAUUUGUACACAAUUGUUAUUACUAGAAAACAAAUUUAUAUCAAUAAUUCAUUCAAGAUAAAAAAAUACAAAUAUUAUUUUGUGUAGCACAAAAACUGAUAUAGUGUAUUUUAUUGAUAUCAGUGCUAAAAAAAUGUUUUUUAUACAUAAAAUUAAUGGUGAAGGUCGUAAAAAAUAUUGUUUUAAUUUAUA